AGGGCAUCCACAGUCCUACAGGAACAAACAGAGUGCCUGCCAAGGAGGUGUAUCCACAAGAAUGAAAGCCUUCAUAUUAACUUGCCUUUUGGCUGCUGCCACUGCAUCUGCAGUCGUACCCACAGCGUACCACCUCGGAGCGUAUCCCUGGGGAAUCAGCAGUUACAGCUAUGCCAACAGCCUGCUCCUCCCACACGCCCUGGCCCCAGUGAGCCCCUUGGUGAUCUCCCCAGCCGCCGCAUUGGUCCCAGGACACCACGUGCCCGCCGACACCCCCGAAGUAGCCGCCGCUAAGCUCGCUCACUUCGCUGCUCACGCUGAAGCCAGGCAUCGUGGAAAGCGAGCUGCCGCCUACUACGGACCUCCAGCUCCUCUCAACAGGGACGGAACCGUCGCUUUCACCCCAGAGAUCCAGCAGGCCAACGCAGUCCACACCGCUGCCUACCAACAGGAAUUCCAGAGGCUCCAGUCUGCUGCUGCCUUAGCUGCCGCACACCCAGACCGCACUUCCCCACCCUCCUCAGACUACAACCCAAACAACAAUGGUCAAUACAACCAACAACAAUACGAUAACGGACAAUACAACCCAGCAUGGAACAACCCUGCUCCUUCAUACAACGCUGCUCCAGCUUACAACCCAGCCCCCGCACCCGCCUACAAUCCAGCUCCUGCUUACAACCCAGCUCCAUCUUACAACCCAGCUCCUUCCUACAACCAGGGAUCAUACAACCCUGCUCCUUCCUACAACCAGGGAUCUUACAACCCACAGCCCCCAGCACCUCUGAACGCUGACGGAACCGCCGCUUACACCCGUGAAUACCAGGCUAUCGCCGCCUCCCACCAGCAGGCCUACCACCAGGCUCUUUCCAGGACAAAGAGAUCCGUCCACCUCAACCCAGACGGUACUGUUGCUCCAACUCCAGAAGUUGCUGCCGCUACCGCCGCACAUCUCGCUGCCGUCCAUGGUGCCGCCGCCAGGACUGCCGGUGUCUACCACGUCGCUGGCCCCUACACCCCUUACACUUACGGAAACGCCUACCACUACGGUGCCGCCCCUCUGAACCCAGAUGGUACCGUCGCUGAGACCCCAGAGGUCCGCGCCGCCGCCGCCGUACACGCCUCCUACGUCGCCAAGCAGCUGAGCGACCUUGCCCACCAAGAAGCUCUCGCUGUUUCCUCCGGUCCAGGAGAGGGAGAGGGUGCCUACUACUCCGGCCACUGGGCAGGUCAUGUAGCAGUCCCAUACGCAGGCCAUUACGCCGGUCACUACGCCGGAUACUGGCCCGCUGCUCCCCUCAACGCUGACGGCACCGUAGCACCAACCCCCGAAGUCGCCGCCGCCACAGCAGCGCACCUCGCCGCACAUGCUCACGCUAGGGUAGGACACGCUUACUACUAAAUUGUUACCGUUAAUCCGUUCCUCGUUUAAGUCAUUGUUAAUAUAAGUUUGAUGAAUAUACGUUUUUUUCUAUGAA